AUGCAAAGCUCCACUCUUCCUUCUGCCUUAAAAGAGAUAUUCUCGAUCGGCUUCGAAUUCAAAUACGACGAGGGAACCGACGAAACUAUCGGGAUCGACUUCGAGCCCUACGAGGAAUUCGAAGACCCAGAGGACACAGAAUGGUGGUUUCGGCUGUGGACCGGUAACAAUAAAGCUGAUGGCAGCCAGUUCCGGAUCUUCGGGCAGACAGGAUCAGGCGAUUAUGUUGGUUUUUGGUUGAUACGACCCAAUGCCAAGGUGGCUGAGCAGCCUAUUAUUUGCCUUGGCUCGGAGGGUGAGCGAGGGGUGAUUGCGAGGGAUAUGGAAGAUUUGCUUUGGGUGUUUGCGAACGGGUCUGGGCCGAUUGAGGCCCUCGAAGAGCCAGAGAAGGAGACAGUGGGGAAUGAGACUUUUAGAUCUAUUGCCCAGAAAUUUGCACGUGGGAGAAAGCUGUCUACUAAGGAGAUUGUGAAUGCCGCGCAGGCGGAAUUUCCGGAUUUCCCCGAGAUUGUGACUGCGAUGUGCAAUUGA